ACCGCGAAGAACGUCCAUUGAUGGACGAGAUCCUCAAAGCACUUGGAAGUGCCCUUCGAUGUCAAUGCUCUGAUGCAGGUGUCGGCGGUAAACAAACUCGCAUUUAUGGAAUCCUGAAUGUAAAAGUACUAAAUGGAUCGGAGCUUAAUAUCGAAAAUCCUUAUGUGAUACUCAAACUAGUCACCACAACAGAUACAUCCAUUCAUACAACAAUGAAAACGGCCAUAUGCUACCAGAAAGGGGAUCCGUGUUGGAAUGAAGAAUUCACUCUAUAUGUUGAGGAUCCUGAUCAUCAACUGCUACAAAUAUGGCUUCAUAACAGCUCGUCGAUGUAUGACCAAGGAGGAAUCCAUGAGCAAGUCGGAGCAAGAAACUGGCAAUUUAGAAACUUAACUUCUAAAAGUGCACGGACUCAAGAAGUUAGGUUUCAUAAGGUUAAGGAUGGCUAUGAAGAUGAGGGAGACGUACAAGGGAAAAUCAUGGUGAAAAUGAUGUACACAGCGUGCCCAUAUUACACUGCUUUUGAAGAUGUAUGUCCCCACCAAAAGGCUCCAACCGGGACUCCUCAAGACGGAGGAUUGCUUGUCGUUAUAAUCCAUGAAGCUCGAACCCUUUACUCAAAUCAUCACAGAAAUCCCUAUGUUUCAUUGCUCUUCCAAGGCGAAUUAAGGAAAACCGUGGCAAUAAAGAACACACGUAAUCCGAAAUGGCAUGAGGAGUUCACAUUUAUCUUGGAACAGCCACCAACGAAAGAAAAUAUGCAUUUCGAAGUCAUUAGUACUCCUGGGAAAGGAAUAAUAUUUCGAAAGGAAGAAUCGAUGGGAUGUAUUGAUAUAAAUGCUAUUGAUGUUGUGAAAGAAAGACGGAUCACCAAAUGUUAUGAACUUCAAAAUACACUACGUGGUUGUUGGCUUACCGUGGAAUUGCAAUGGAGGUCGUCUAACUAGAUUACAACCAGUAAUAACUAACAGUUAUUGAAGACAACCACAUCUAUGCUCAUGUUUCUUUAGUAAAUGAUCACCAUGUCAUUUUAUUUAGUAAAACUGUCAAGUAUUUGG